AGCUCGAUAGUCUACACUACAUUCCUCUUCUUCUAGAUGAUGCAACUACUAUUCAAGGCUAAUAAAGUGGUUGUGUCCUAAACAAAAAAUAACCACCACGAUAUAUGUUCGAUACUCGGUGCAUGCCAUUCAACCCACGGUUCUUCCGAUCUCCGGACUUCUUUCUUGCACUAGUCUACACUUCUAAUUUUCUGGUGAUCGACACGGUGAUUCCAGAAGUUGCCGGCGCAGGCUCUCCAGUCAAGUGUGGAUUCCGUGGGCAGUGUGCUUAGCACCAAGUGACUCAAAGCAGCUCCAUUCUCGUGUGUUCAAUUAAUUUCCCUCAGGUACUACUGGUCUAUCAAAGGCAGUUGCGCAGGUAGACACAUCAUAAACACCAAGAGAAGCUGGUCAUAUAUACACACCCAGACACAUCGUAAGUUAAGCACACAGAAGACAGAACAAACAACAAAACAGAUAAGAAAUAACAUUCAUGGAGCCUAAUGUAGUGCAAGCCAUGACCGCUCUCCUCAUGCUGCUGGUAACCACGAGAGCGCUGUGGUAUCUGCUUUGGAGGCCGUACGCCGUGGCCAGGUGGUUCCAACAGCAGGGAAUCAGAGGUCCACCUUACAAAUUCCUGGUCGGGUCCCUGCCAGAGUGCCAGAAGAUGAUCGUCGCUGCAAGAGCCAAGGAUCUUGACACCAACUCCCACGACUGCAUCACUACUGUGCAACCCUUCUUCCGGAAAUGGGCUUCCAUUUAUGGAAAAACUUUCCUAUACUGGCUGGGGCCGACACCAGCACUGUGUUCAACUGACAUGGAGUUGGUGAAGAAAGUGUUAACCGACAGGACAGAGAUGUUCCAAAAAGACUACUCGAAUCCUAGCUUGGAAGCAGUUCUGGGGAACGGGGUCGUAUUUGCAAAUGGAGAUGACUGGAAGCGGCGGCGCAAAUUCAUCCACCCGGCUUUCAACCAAGAGAAGAUCAAGUCCAUGUCGACAAUAACGCUGGAGUGCACACAACAGACAAUGGAACGGUGGCGCGCCCUGAUGCAAGAGAGCAACAAAAAGCAAGCCGAGAUAGACAUGAUGCACGACUCCGACGAGAUAGCCAUGAGUGUCAUUGCGCGAGUGAUGUUGGGCAAGAGUUACAAGGAGGCCUGGGAGGUGUUCAUCGCCGGAAAGGAGCAGCUGAAGCUUGCAACUUAUGGUUUUGCGGAUCCUCCGAUACCUGGAUUCAGGUACCUACCGACACGUCGCAACCGUCGGACAUGGCAUCUUGACAAGCUUGUGAAACAUAAGAUCUCACAGAUCAUAGAGGCGCGACUAGCUGGCGAAGUUUACGAAGACGACCUGCUUGGGCAAAUGCUGCAGCUGAAGGUGCAGGCAUGUAGCAGCGCCGAGACCCUGAGCACUGAGGAGAUGGUCGGCGAGUGCAGGACUUUCUUCGCGGCUGGUUACGAAACCAGCGCCAGCCUCAUUACCUGGGCGAUGUUCUUGCUCGCCAGCUACCCACGGUGGCAGGAGAUGGUCAGGGAGGAAGUCGUUCGGGAAUAUCCUGCUCACAAGCUCCCCUUGGUUGACUCCCCUGGCAAACUGAAGCUGCUUAACAUGUUACUCUUGGAGACACUAAGGCUCUAUGGCCCCAUAGCUUUCCUGCAGAGGAAGACCGCCUCGGACACCAUCCUCGCACACGUGAAGGUGCCGAAAGGAACAAUGAUAACAAUACCGUUGGUGAUGUUGCACCGGGACAAAGAGAUUUGGGGACCCGACGCCGACGAGUUUAACCCGAUGAGGUUCAAAAAUGGCUUUUCGAGGGCCGUCAAGCAUUCACACGCGCUGCUGGCCUUCUCGUACGGGCCAAGGGUCUGUGUUGGACAGAACUUCGCCAUGGUCGAGGUGCAGAUCGUGAUAGCGACCAUUCUCAAGAGUUUCUCCUUCUCCCUCUCCCCCACAUAUGUCCACAAGCCAAGCAAUUUCAUCACGCUGAUGCCCAGGUACGGGCUACCUCUCAUCGUGAGGAACCUGCAUCCGAAUACGUGAUAAUCUUGCGACAUACCAGAGCUCUAUAUACUGUGAUGUGUCAGGUACUAUGUCAUAAUGUAGUAAAUAAUAUACCGGGCUACCUUGGCAUGUACUCGAGACAUAUGGUUUUGUCACCAUUGAUGUUCCUCCAAGCUACUCCCUCCGUUUCUAAAUAUAAGUCUUUUAAGAUAUUUUACU